AUCGGUCGAAAUUCAACAGAUGUCGUUGUUGUGAAUGCUUAAGAUUUACUCGACUCGCCACCGGUUUAUUGACGCUUGGACGCUAAUAACUCGUUUUGUUUGAGGCAUCGUCACCAUAACAUUUUAAGAUGGGAGGAAACAAGAAGGUGCAGUCGGACAGCGAAAGCGAAGAAGAAUACUCCGUGGAGGAGAUUAUUGAUAAGCGAAUUACUAAUGGUAAGGUAGAAUAUUUGUUGAAAUGGAAAAAUUAUCCGGACGAAGAGAACACUUGGGAACCUGAGGAUAACCUCGAUUGUCCUGAGUUGAUAGCAGCUUUUGAAAAAAAUUACAAGGAGAAGGGUAAGGUUAAAGGAGCGAAGGAUCGAAAGAGGAAACGUUCACCAUCACCUGCUGGCUCGGAAAACACAAAUAUGGAGAAAGAUAAAAAGAAGAUUAGAUCCGAGCCAUCAAAACAACACUCAAAAAAGAUUAGAAGUAAAGAACGAUCUUCGUCUUCGGAAUCGAGCACCACUAGAACCAGCGACAACGAAUCUGAUAAAAAGAAACCAUCUCGGUAUCGGGGUAAAAAACUAUCAAGUUCUCCCACACAAGACAAUGAUAAUAAUACAAAUGAUAAAAAUAAAGAGGAUUUAUCUGACGACGACGGAAAGAAAAAUCAAAAUAAAUCGAAAAUCGUCGAUACAGAUGAUGAAGAAUCAAGCAAAAAAUCGAAAAAUGUUGAGAGGAAAUCCCAUCGACAAGCUAAUAACUCGUCGGACGACGAAAUCGAAAAAAGACAAGAAAAACGUAAAAUCUUAUCUGAUUCAGACUCCGACGAUGAAAGUAAAAAAAGGCGUAUUCGUCGGAAACCAAACGAAAAUGACGAAGACAAAAUGAAAAAAACGACUCGACGUAGUGGAAGAAAAGAGGACGAUAAAAAGAAGAAAAAGCCAAACGAAGAGAGUGGAUCUGAAAACUCGAAAAAAUCUAAAACUCACAAAGACACAGAUGCGUCUGAUGAUGAAAAAACAAAAAAAAAGACUGAUUUCAAAGAAACUAAAGGUAAAGGAAGGAAAAUUGUCGAAACGGAAGAUUCUGACGAUGAAGACGAAGAUAAAUCAAAAAACGAUAGGAAAAAGACCACUGCGACUGAUAAAGGACGAAAAACGGUGAAUAAAAAAGGCAAAGAGGCGCCUGUUAAAAGCGGUUUCGAUCGUGGUUUAGAGGCGGAGAAAAUAAUUGGAGCUUCCGACAUGACUGGGGAAUUGUUGUUUUUGAUGAAAUGGAAGGGGGCGGAUGAUGCCGAUCUUGUUCCUGCGAAAAAAGCUAAUGUGUUAUGCCCACAAGUUGUUAUACAAUUUUAUGAAGAACGCCUUGCGUGGCAUUCACCAGAGGAAGAUUAACAAGCGUAUGAAUGAUUAAAAAAAAAACAAUAUAAGAAGUUAUCUUAGUUAACUUUAAGUUUCAUUUUCUGUCUGUUAUUUAAAGUUACAACAAUAGUUUUGUUGUCAUGAUUAUUUUUUGAUAUAAUGUAAUCCUUAAAAGAUUUAGAAUGCUAUGUUGCUAUACAUUUAGUUGCAAUUCUGUCUAAUAAAAAAAAAACUUUUUUUUUGGUUACUUCGAAACUACCUGUCUAUUUUGUUACACAGUUUGUUCAAAAAUAUUACGUAUACUAUGAAAUUAA